AAAUCCCAUACGCGUUUUCGACAGAUUGCGGACGCGCAGGAUCAACUUCCACUAGGGAUAAUGUUUGUUGACAGUGAAGCAGACUCCACUGAGAUGGAUUACUCCGACAUAAAUGACCAGGAGUUGUCGGAGGAUGACUCCGACGUGGAGACACAGAGAGCGUUCUCCAGGGGGGACCUCAAGCCAGGGUUGAACGUUCUAUCUCAGAAGAUCAUCAAGGACUACAAGAACGACAUUGGUGGAUUGAAACAGAAAUUGUCAGAGUUCCAUCUUCCAUUGCCUUGGAUUGAACGCUUGGACCUGACCCUUCCACCAGCACCUCUGGCCCCGGAGCUGGAUGUUGAGCUGGUGGAGCACGGACAGCGGAGGGAGCGGCAGAUGAAGGGUCGCAACAAGGACUUCAGUCUAGAGGAUGACCCGGUCCACAACGACUUCAAGCGUGAGAUGUUGUUCUACAGGCAGGCCCAGGCGGCGGCCAUGGCCGGCCUGCAACGACUGGAUGAGCUAGGCCUUCCUGGCCUCCGUCCAGAUGACUACUUUGCACAGAUGGCCAAGAGUGAUGAGCACAUGCAGAAGGUGCGUCGUCGACUGAUCCAGAAGCAGAUUGGGCAGCAGAUCAGCGAGCGCGUCAGGAAGAUCCGUGAGAUCAAGAAGUUUGGCAAGAAGGUGCAGGUGGAGGUAGAGCAGCGCAAGCACAAGGAGAAGCGAGAGAUGCUGGAGAAGAUUAAGAAGUUCAGGAAGGGCAAGACUGACACCAUAGAUUUCCUGGAGGACCACCAGGGACCACUGAGGGAACGAACCACCAACGGGACCACCAGCAAGACCACCAAACAGAAGAAGAACAAGCGAACCAUGAAGGACCGGAAGUUUGGCUUCGGCGGACGGAAGCGGAAUGCCAAGCGGAACACUGCUCGGAGCCACGCCCAGAGCCACUCCUUACCAGCCAGUACAAAACACGGUGUUUUGAAAAACAAGAACAGGAACAGAAAGAACAAGGGCAGCAAACGGAAGGGUGGUAGCAAGUUCCGAACACGGAAGUGAAUGUAGAACACAGGGAAGAACACAGGAAGUGAACAUAGAACACAGGAAGUGAAUGUAGAACAUGGGAAGUGAAUGUAGAACAUGGGAAGUGAAUGUAGAACAUGGGAAGUGAAUGUAGAACAUGGGAAGUGAAUGUAGAACAUGGGAAGUGAAUGUAGAACACAGGAAGUGAGCAUAGUACACAGGGAGUGAACAUAGAACACAGAAACUAAACAUAGUACACAGAGAAUGAACAUAAAACACAGGGAGUGAACAUAGUACAUAGGAAGUGAACAUAGAACACAAGGAAGAAGAAAAAUACAGGGAGGGAACACAGAACACAGUAAAAGGAUGAACCAGACAACAGGAAGAAAUAACACUCAAACAGGAGAUAACGAAAGGAAGAAGACAGUACCCAGACAACAGUCAACAGAAAUCAACAGAUCUCUGUUGCAUUUUUUUUUUUUUUUGCACUUGAUGUAUAUUGUAAUUCUUUGUCAGUUCUAAUAAAUUUAGAGAAAAAAUG